AUGUAGUCUAAUCCAACACCGAUUCUUGGAUCUGUAGAAAUCAUUAAAGGUAAAUUUAAUUCUUAAUUACAGAUAGACUCUAUUGGAUAUCAGAUCGAUAAGCUCCUCGUAAUUAGCCAAAUGCUUUUUAUUUUUGUAUUGACUAAGUACAAUAUAUAUUAUCUUAAGGAUCUUGUAUAUGAACCAUUUUUUGCUGAUUUUGGUCCAUUAAAUUUAGGUCACACUUAUCGAUUUGUAACAGAAUUAGAGAAAUUGCUUAGUGAUAAGACAUAUCAGAAAUAUGCAAUUUAUCAUUAUACAAGUUUAGAUAGUGCUAAAAGAGCUAAUGCUGCAUAUUUAAUGGGUGCAUUUUAAGUCAUUAUUCUUAAAUACAGUGCAGAUGAUGCAUGGAAACCAUUUUUGAAUGUUAAACCUGCAUUCUAGGAUUUUAGAGAUGCUAGUUAUGGAUAAUGCACUUAUAAAUGCACUGUAGAUUUAAUAUAUUAGUAAAGAUCCUUCAUUGUUUGAGAGGACUUGAAUAUGCUAUAAAAUUGAAAUGGUUUGAUGUUAGAAAGUUCAAUCUUAGAGAUUAUGAAUUUUAUGAAAGAGUAGAUAAUGGAGAUCUCAAUUGGAUUAUACCAAAUAAAUUCAUAGCUUUUUCAGGACCUUCUUCAACUUAAAAAGACUCAGAUGGAGUAUAUUAUUACUAUUAAAUAAAUAGAAUCGUACCUUUACUCCUGAAGAUUAUGUUCCUAUAUUUAAACAAUUUGGAGUUACUUGUGUAGUAAGAUUAAAUAAAAAAGCAUAUGAAGAAUAGAGAUUUAUUAAAAAUGGAAUAAAACAUGAAGAAAUUUAUUUUCUUGAUGGUUCUGUACCAGCAGAUGAUAAGAUUUUGAGAUUCUUAGAAAUAGCUGAAAAGGAAAAUGCAGUAGCAAUUCAUUGUAAAGCAGGCUUAGGUCGUACAGGUACAUUGAUAGCAGCUUAUGCCAUUAAACAUUACAAGUUUAAAUAGAAAUUAAUAUCUAGAUUUCCAGCUCCAGAUUUUAUAGGAUGGAUUCGUAUUUGUAGACCAGGUAGUAUAUUAGGUCCAUAAUAGAUAUUUUUACUUGUAAGUUUAUUUAAUUUAUAAUACAAUUAAGCAAAAAUAAAAUUGGUUGAUUAGUUUGGGAAAAGAUUCACCAAUAUGGAAUCAAGUUAAAUAGAUUGCUGAAGAAGUGAAUAUAGAAAAAAGAUUAUAAGAUUUACAAUUAGGACCUAUGAGUGAAGGUAAUUAAAUAUUUAUUUAAUUUUAAAAUAGCUGAUAAGAAUAAAGCAGAGAAGGGUGACUCAGAUUAAGCAUAGAUUUUAAACAAGGCUAAAUAAAUGAAGUAAUCAUAUAAUUUAUGAUUUCAGUUAAAAUUCCCCAGGGAUUAAAAAAUGA